AUGAGUGGCGAGACAGAAAAACAACGACCGAAAAGAAAGAUGAUAAUGAUGAAAAUGAAGAUUGACCUUUCAAAGGCACAUGACGUAAGAGAUGCAACAUUAAGAAAUGAUCCUAGUAUGGCAUUACCUCCUAGUUUAAGAGUAAACAGAAAUGAAUUAAGUGAGAUUGAAGAUUGGUUAUUCAUUUCUGGAGAAAUGACAGCAGCAGAUCCUGAAAUAUUAGAAAAAACAGAAAUUGGAUAUAUUAUUAAUGCAGCGAUUGGAGUUGCAAAAACAGGAUUUCCACAAAAAUUUAAAUACUUAGCAUUUGAUAUGAGUGAUGAUACAGAACAAGAUUUAUCUAGUUUUAUUUUUCAUGCUAUCGAUUUUUUAACUAAUUUAAGGAAAGCAAAUAAAAAGAAUAAAUGUCUCGUUCAUUGCCAUGCUGGAAUUAGUAGAAGUGUAUCACUUGUUUUAUCAUAUUUAAUGUAUGCAAAUAAAUUUACUUUCGAUGAAGCAUUAGCAGAAGUAAGAACAAGGAGAAGUGUAGCAUGUCCAAAUAUUAGUUUUGAAUUUCAGUUAAAGAAUUUUCAAGUAUUAUUACAAACACAUAAACCGUCUCAUGUUGUUUAUAGUAAAUUACGUCCACAUAUAAAUUCUAGUAUUUAUCCUAUUUAUAUUGCUCGUGCUUUAACUGUUGGUUCAGAAAAUUCUUUAAUUGGAGAAAAAACAACAAUUCAAAUGUUAACACCAGGAGAUUCCCCAUAUUAUCCAUUAGAUUCUAUAUUUGAUUCAAGAGGAUGCUUUGUUGUUUUUGCAAUGGAAGGAAAUGUAUAUAUUUGGGUUGGUAGUUUAAGUCAUCAAAAUGAAUUUAAUGCAUGUAAAACAUAUUGUGAUCAAAUAGAACGAAUUAUUGGUACACCAAAACAUACUGUUAUUCGUGAAAAUGAAGAAACAGUUCAAUUUCUUAAAGAAGCACAUUUAUAUCCACCACAAAGAAAACUUCAUUUACAUAAAAGAUAUAAUGUUGAAUAUCCUGUUAUUAAAAAUGAAAAAUUAUUAAUUAGAUAUCCUGAUUGGAGACUUUUAACUCCUCAAGAGGCUGAUCAAGAAACUGAAACACCAAUUAUUUGUAUUCAACCAAAAAAUUUUUCACAAAAUUCAUUUGGAUUAGGUAUGUCUCAAAGUAAUUUUGUUUCUGGUGAUACUCUUUCAAUUCAUCAAGAAACUCCACCUUUACAAUCAUUAGAACUAACAGAGUCAUCUAGUUAUUUUUUCAAUUCAACAACAUCAAGAAUAGAUAGAAAAGAGACACAGGAAUAUUUAAAUAUGGUUCAAAGAACUGACAGCCCUAAAAAAAGGUCUAAUACGAUUCUUAAUGGAACUGAAAAUUCAUUUACUAAACAAAAAUAUAAUAUAAAAAAAUACAAAAUGACUGUAUUUAUUCCAAUGCACUUUCCUCGUUUUUCAACUAUGCAGGGAAAUAGAUGUAAAGAAAAUUUAGAACUUUUAAGUGAACGUGCUGAUUGCGUACAAACAACAGGAAAUAUUGAAGUUGUUCAACAAUUCCUUCAAAAUUUUGGGUUAAAUCCAGAAGAAGUUGAAACUGCGGUUUAUUUUUCAAGUACCCAAUUUGGUGUAUUUGCAAAACAAAACCUGUGA